AUGGAGAGGUUGAAGGCUAGGCGCUCGGCUCGACGGGCACAGAACACCAGGAUUAUAAACGACGGGCAUCGAGUUCUACAGGAUCCCAGCCCGGACAUUGCUAAAGUCCGUUCGAUCAAGGAAAGGUUCACUACCAACAACGCAGAGCUUCUGCAAAUUGACGGUGAGCUAGAGCCACUCAUUCCGAUAGAGCAGUUGGAACAGGAGUGUAUCGCUAUUGCUGAAUAUCAAGACGAUGCAGUCAUGAUACUCAGCGAACUGCAAAGCAAAAUUGACUCCCUGGAACCUCGGAGACUAGAAAAUUCAGUGGCGAAUAUGGCAGUGCAACAACUUCAAGACAACUCAGCCAGUCGAGGACCAAAGCUCCCAAAGCUUGAACUGUCCACUUUUGAGGGAGAGCUAAGCAACUGGCUAGCAUUCUGGGAGCAGUUUGAUGGUGCAAUUCACAAGAAUUUAACAUUGACAUCCACAGAUAAGUUUCACUACCUUUGUCGGUGUCUUACUGGAGAUGCUGCAGCAGCAAUAGCCGGUCUACCAACGACGGAAACAUGCUAUGCUGAAGCAAUCACCAUUUUACUGCAGCGAUUUGGAGACCAGAGGCGAAUAGAAAGACAGCGUCUGAAUGCCCUUAGGAAUCUACCGCAAGUUGCGUCGGCCGGCGAUGUUAAAGGCCUGAGAAACCUGUAUGACACUACCCAGCUCAACAUUCGAUGCCUCACCUCUCUGAAGGUACCUACAUCAAGUUUCUCAGCCAUGCUGUGUGAUAUCCUUGUCAGGGCUUUACCCUACGAGAUUACAGUUGAAUAUCACAGACAACUCAACAAUAUGACUUUCGGUAACUCUUCAGCUCUAGACCAAGAGAACGGUCAUACAGCUUCAACUUCAAGCUCACCAACUAUUCCGUCUGAUUCAGUUUCAGAGCUGAAUGGAAUGCUCCGCUUCUUGCGCGUGGAAGUUGAAAGCCGAGAAAGAAGCGGGCUCGAGUACCCAAGAAUCAAGAAUGAGACAAAGAUGAAGUUGCUCCCAUCUGCAUCUGCUCUGUACAGCACCACCAAUGUAAAGGCGGGUGACUGCUACUUUUGUCAUUCCAAGAAGCACGACACACCAUCUUGUGAUUGCGACAAACAGCUAGCUGAAAAAACGAACCUGCUGUCAUUGAACUUUAGGCGUUUUCGAUGCACACUCAAGGGCCACCGGGCGAAAAAUCGCCAAAGAAAACUGAGAUGUGCGAUAUGCGGAGGUAGGCACGUAACCACAAUGUGCAAUCCAGCGUUCGUCAAACAGAAAAGGGAAGGUUCAUCUGCAGGAGACAAGACAAUUUGUGUUUCCGCAUCCCACGCGGCCACACGCUCCGAAAGAAAGAAUAGUGAUGGAAUAUAUCUACAAACGUUCAAGGCGUGGGCGGUCACUGACGAAGGUUCCAGCUAUGUCAAAGGAAUCUUUGACGGAGGUAUCCAACGCUCAUUCAUUAAAAAGCUAGCACAACGUCUUGGAUUGAGGGUCCUUCGGACAACAAGGAUCACCCUGAACACGUUCGCCAGUCGUAAUACAAAGGUUAUAGAGCACAACUCCGUGGUGGAGGUAAAGCUCAGAAGCCAAUUUAACAACAUAGAAAUAACGGUUGAAGCUAUUACCAUCCCAGUCAUCUGUCAGGACGUCUCUACACCAUCAAUCGACACCGCAUCUGUGCGACAGCUUCGGCAGGGCAAGAAGAACUUGGCGGACGAUAUAAUCUUUCCAGGUAUAGAAUUAGUUCCUGGGAUAAGUCUGCUGGUCGGUUCUGACCACUUGUGGAAGUUCUGCACAGGAGAGGUAAUGAGGUGCAAAGACGUAGAUGAUUUGGUGGCGAUCAAUACGAAACUGGGCUGGACGCUGCAAGGUCCGUCAACACAAGUCGGAAAGCUCCUAGAAGAUUCCUGUCUAAUGAUGUGUGUCCUUGGAGCGCAGACAACUGACGCCAAGGUAGAAGAGACGCUGAAGGCCUUCUGGGAGCUAGACAGAAUGGGUACUGCCGAACGCGAAUUGGGCGAUACAAAUGCAGAAACCAUCAGUCGUUUUGAACAGACGAUCGUCAGGAAGAACGAACGAUACGAAGUGGCUUUACUAUGGAAAGAAGGCGCUACUGAUCUGCUGCCAAACAAUCGCAAAAUUGCAAUUUCACGUCUGGAAAGCCUGUUGAGGAGACUAUCAACAAAACAUGGAUUGUUGCAGCGGUAUGAUGAGGUAAUUAAGCAGUACCUGCUUAAUGGACAUGCGGAAGUGGUACCAGAGAAAAGAAAGUGA